CUACUACUUCCUGAUGCCUUGCGCAAGCUCACUGGCGUUGUAGAAUGCGGAUUUUCAAGCUAAUACGAAUAGCUAGCUAGUAAGCUAAAAACAAGGUUCUUGUUGUUAGGCUUUUAAACGGGAGGAUGUCUAAAACACACUCGCAACCCCCGUCAUCUUCGGCAGCAGCUAUUACCGGAGGGCCGUCCUCGUCCUCGUCAUCUUCGCCCGCAGGGGGCUCGACAUCUCCUGCAACCGUGUUGAACGUACAGCCCGAGAAACCUCAACAUUACACAUAUCUGAAGGAGUUCAGAACUGAGCAGUGCCCCCUGUUUGUGCAGCACAAAUGUACACAGCACAGGCCUUUCUCCUGUUUCCACUGGCACUUCCUGAACCAGCGGCGCAGGAGGCCCAUGCGUAGACGGGACGGGACGUUCAACUACAGCCCAGAUGUUUACUGUACCAGAUACGAUGAGGGAACGGGCACCUGUCCUGAUGGAGAUGAAUGCCCUUUUUUACAUAGAACGGCAGGUGACACGGAACGUAGAUACCACCUCCGCUACUACAAGACAGGAUCGUGUAUCCACGAAACAGAUGCAAAGGGCCACUGUAGCAAAAACGGCUCUCACUGCGCGUUCGCACAUGGAUCACAUGACCUGCGCAGCCCAGUUUAUGAUAUCAGGGAAGUGCAGGUGAUGGAUUCUCAAGGAGGGUCUGGAACAACAGAGGGAGGUGGAGGAGAUGGUCAGUCCGGGCAGGCAGCGAGUACUGCUCUCAUAGAGAAGAUCCUGAGUGAGGAGCCACGCUGGCAAGAUAACAACUACGUCUUGUCUCACUACAAGACAGAGCUCUGUAAGAAACCACCCCGCCUGUGCCGUCAAGGUUAUGCCUGUCCAUAUUAUCACAACAGUAAAGACAGGAGGCGCAGCCCUCACAAGCACAAAUACAGAGCGCUGCCAUGUCCAGCCGUGAAGCAGAGCGAGGAGUGGGGAGAUCCUAGUAAAUGUGAGGGAGCAGAGGGUUGUCAGUACUGUCACACAAGGACAGAACAACAGUUCCACCCAGAGAUCUAUAAAUCCACAAAGUGUAAUGACAUGCAACAGAGCGGCAGCUGCCCCAGAGGCCCCUUCUGUGCCUUUGCUCACGUUGAAAAGGCCUUUGUUUCAGAGGAGCCACAGUUUCCCACCCCCAGCUCUCCACCACCACCCAGACCUCCAGACCCUCAGGAGACUUUGCCAAGUCCCAGUGGACACAGCUUGGGGCCGACGCCUGCCUCUGUAUCGGACCCUUUCUCCCUUGCUGCGGGGUCGAGCCUCGCAGAGCAGGGACUGCUGGGUAGCGUUUUAUCCUUGUGUGACGAUGUAGGCGGAGGAGCAGAGCCUCUGUCUCCUUGGGCGGGAGACAGAGGAUAUGGCAGGGCACCUGGAUUUGAACGGGAGGAUCAGGCCAAGCAGCGCAGUUUUGCUUUGGAGCAGAGAGACAGGGAAUUAGCAUCAACACAAAGCAAACAGGACUUGUUGGUGUUUUUACCAGUGGGCAGUCCUCUGAGUCUGUCCUCCAGCAUUCCUUCCAGUCUGGCUGCAACUCCACCCAGUCCUGCUCCUCUCGGACCACUGGGGUCUGGCAUUUCUUCAGGCAUGAACGCUAACGCCUUGCCCUUUUACCCUACAAGCGAGACUGUGGAAUCUGUUGUAGAGUCAGCCCUGGAUGAUCUAGAUUUGAAUGAUUUUGGAAUGUCGGCGUUGGAUAGGAGUUUAGAGAGCUCCUCCGCUCUGUCCAAUGUGGGCAUUAUGCUAGGAGGCAGCCAGAUUCAGAGUUCUGCUCCAGUCAACAUCCCAGGAUCUUUCAGCAGCUCUGCUCCUUUCAGCUCCCCUUCGCCCUCUCCGCCCAUCAGGCCGCAAGCAUCGCCAUUCUUUUCUGCCCACCGAUCACAGCCCAGUCAGUCGGAUAGCAACCCCUUUCUGGGGCCGUCUCAUGGGUCCUUAGGUCUGAAUGGUAUGAGCCCUAACAUCUGGGAGCACUUCCCAUCUGCCCAUGGUUCCCCUGGUACACCCCCCACCCUGCUGCCCUGUGCAGAGAGUUCUAGGCUCAAGCAGGAGCUCGAGGAAGCUCACAGGACAAUGAAGCAGUGGGGUCACAGUUGGAGACAUGCAGCUCAGUCGUGGGCUGCGCUGAAGGCAGAAGCGGAGGAGUCCCGUGUCCACGCCGCGCGAUCGGCCAUGGACGCCGAAAGAGCCAGGCAGGCUGAGGAAGAGGCACAGCGGCAGGUCACUCUCCUGCAGGAGUUAAUGGAGAGGCUCAAAAGUGGAGACAACCCCCAUUUAGCACUGCACCAACUCCAGUUGCUCCACAGACUACCCCUGGAGUCAGUCCUUAGUUUGCAGGCUCAGCUCUGUAGCUGCUUGCAUGCUGUAGAGCAGGUGGUGUACAGGAAGCAGAGACAGUGCUGUGUGACGUGUGGCGAGCAUGGCUCAGUGACGCUACCCUGUGGCCACGGACUACAGUGCGAGAGCUGCUCCUCGUCCACAGAGUGCCCCCUCUGCUCCGAACAAACCCUGCAGCAGCAGCUCUCUUGACCUCACAGCCCAGUCGGAGCGCCACCGCUUCUGUCGCGCCCUCCUGUUCUGAUUCCACAGAUACCAGCCUUGGACCUCUGCUGCCAUUCAAAAUUACGCCGAGGUCAUUUUUACAGCGUGGUAACAGCACAAGCACUGAUUUGGUUUUGUACUUUUAAGAUGACGUUGACUGAUAAAUGACCAACUGAUUAAGCACUGAUCACAAAGUGAGAGCUUAGGAUUAAUCACCUUUUCCAGUGUUAACCAUUUACCAGGUUUCACUUUUGAUGAGCAACAGUGUUCUUAAAUUCUGAAAGUAACUUAAGUACCUGCUGUUAUUCCUUUAACCAUAGUCUACGUAUUUCUAAAUUUUCAAAAAUGUUCAUAUGUUACUGAGUAAAAGCUCAAACUGGACAGUUUCGGUGUGAUUAGCCGAGGUUGUCUUUAUGCUACAGCAAAGGCCAAAGCAUUUCUUAUAGAAGCUGAUCAGUCAGGACUUUCUAAAAACUGAGUAAAUCACUCAUAGCUCCUUAAAAUACAAUCCUCAGAAUCAUGAAAGAAAAUGUUUCCCUAAAUCACACCUACUAACUGUAUAUGUUAUAGAAUAAAGUCUCCAAAUGCAUAUGGAUGAGCUGUAUAUGCGCAGACGUGAAUGUAAGACUACAGCGGUAUUUAGGGGGUAGGGUCACGCUGUGUGUUUACAUCUAAUUCAGGCUCUCGCCGGUUCAUCAUUUUAAAAUUUCGGGAACGAGGUAACUGUGGCCGGUUUGUGUGACGGUGAUCCCAAAAACGGUCUAAAGAAACGGAUAAUGCGGCAGAUUUGGCAGGUUUUUAUUCAGAGGGCGAGGAGCAAACUUAACACCUCUAUAAACAUUUAAAGGGCAUAUUUAAUUCAUCCAACCUUUGCUACAGCCAAAUUGGGGCCAUUAUACCAGUCCACUGGUAGCGCUUUGCUAGAAUAUACUGAAUUUGUUCUCUAAUUUAGACUUUCUGUUUAGUCUUUUUUAGCUAAAUAUAUUUCAAAUAGCCAAUAUUCAAAUGUAUUUAAAAAGUGUGUAGUAUUUGUUUAAAUUUCAAACAGAUGGCCUCUGUUAAAACUCAGGUUUUCUCUAAGGUUCUUCAGUAUAACCUACAAGAGGAACGCAUGUUAACACAAUCAAGGCUAGUGUACAAAGUCAACGCGUGUAGUCUUUGAAAUAACAUCAUUUUUCAUUUUUACUUAAACUCAACAACACAUUUUUUUUUAUUAUUUUCCUUGAAACUGGCCCUUGUGCUUUGUUUGAAAUCAACGUGUGAAAGGUUUCUAUGCCAGAGUUUUUACAUUUGUAGUAAAAAAACUUGGACAUUCGACAGUGUAAACAUGUGCAUGAUGUCGCCGAUUAGACAAAGCAUCAGGAAGCAGACGUGUAAAAGGUGUUUAACAUUUUAAAACGCAGGUGUGAACAUGUAUCAUGAUCACUGUAAUGGUCUGUGGUGAAAACCCACACUCUGUGUAUUGUCCACACACGGCUCAUCCAGCAUCAGUGUUUUCUUCUGAGUGGAUUUCUCUUUGUUUUUUGGUACAGAUCAUUAAAACAAAUUGUAUAUUUUUGGA